UAGGCUUAAUUUUUCACAGCUUUUGUGGCAUGUUGUAAUGGACCGCGGUAGAAGUCCCAAUAAAUUCAUGAGGCUGCAUGAGUGAUUGGUUCCGCCUCCAGCCGGACUCGACCUUCUUCUCCGGCUGAGGAAUGGAUGUUGUCGGCGGAACUACGGCGGUUCCAGAGCAGCAGCAGCUGGCGCCGCCUCCCCCAAAGGCAGAGCGGCUGAACUCCGCAGUACAACAGCAGCUUAAUCUCGAGUCCGUAAAGUCCCGUGCCCUAGGUCUCAGUAAGGCCAUCUCCCGAAUCCUCGAGGACUUAAACGCCAUCGCUCUUACCAACGCUACUCCGAAAUGGCAAGAUAUACUAGGGCAAUUUUCAAUGGUAAAUAUGGAGCUUUUCAACGUUGUGGAGGAAAUAAAGAAAGUCUCGAAGGCAUUUGUUGUGCAUCCAAAGAAUGUGAAUGGGGAGAAUGCCCUGAUACUUCCUAUCAUGUUAUCAUCAAAGUUAUUGCCAGAAAUGGAAGAUGAAGAUAAUGCCAAAAGGGAGCAGUUAUUGUCGGGGAUGGGAAAUCUUCCAAUUCCAGCACAAAUGGAGAAAUUGAAGGCUAGAAUUGAUAUGAUUAGUGCAGCAUGUGAAACUGCUGAAAAAGUCAUAUCUGAUGCUCGGAAAGCUUAUGGACUAGGUUCUCGUCAAGGGCCUACCUUAGUCCCUACAUUGGACAAAGUGCAAGCAGCCAAAAUUCAAGAACAGGAAAAGCAGUUAAGAGCUGCUGUAAAUUCUGGCGAAGGACUUAGAAUAACUGGGGAUCAAAGGCAUCUUCCAUCUUCUCUUCCUCCUCACUUGGUCGAUGUGCUCGCCUCCGGUGAUGGUGCACAUAAUUUUGGUGAAGCUGGUGUAUUUCCCAAGGGCACCCCUGCAUUCUCAUCCAACACUGUUAAUCCUCAGGGAGGUUUGAUGCAGACUACUGGAGGGCAGAUGAUUGGAAGAUCUGUUCCAUCACCUUCUGGUGUUUCUGGGGCUACUUCCUUUGACAAUGCUUCAACUCCUCUGCCAUAUGCCAAUUCACCUAGAUCUGGUGGAAACAUUAUGAAUACACCUUCACCACAACAACAGACACAGCAGCAGCAGCAGCAGCAGCAACAGCAGCAGCAGAGACAGAAAAUGAUGCAAAUACCACAACAUCAGCAGCAACUUCUUGCUCAACAACAGCUCAGGCAACCUUCUAGUGCAGCAAUACUGGGACAGGGUACUAUGUCUCAGUUACAUGAUUUACAGGGACAAGGCCAGCAGAAGUUUCAACCGGUGCCUGGACAACAUCAAAUGCAGUAUCCUCAAACUUUGUCCCAGCAACAGUUUCAAAACAGACAACUUCAAUCUACACAUAUUCAACAUAACAUCGCACAAAACCAGAUAACCCAAGGAGGCCAACUAAGAAACCAGUUGAACCAAUAUACUGGGUCUGCAAAUAGUGCCUUGUUCAAUGCUGCUCAGACAUCUCCAAAUUCUCAAUUGAUCACUAAUAUGUCAGCUACAAUGCAACCACAGUCAAUUUUGCCGCGAAUGCAGAUUGGUUUAUCUGGUGGGCAUCCUCAAAGAAAUCUUCAAUCUCAAAUUAUGAAUGAUCAAAUGUUUGGCAUGGGUGCCUCGAAUGCAGGCAGUAUGGUGGGAAUGCAGGCUCAGCAGCAGCAUGGCGCGCAGGGUGGAUUUGGAAACAUUUCUUCAAAUUCACCGAACAUGCAGCCAUCCAUGACUGGCCUUCCAAAUAAUCCUAACUUUCAGCAACAGAGGCAGCAAAACCCACAGUAAAUGAAGAUUUCUCCUGUAGAAAACAAAAAAAUACAGGAGAUUAGUUCCACCCAUAAAGUUAAACAUUGUGUUUACUAAUUGGCAUUUUGCUUAGGUACUUGAAAUUAUGCCUCAAUUUGGGAUAUUUAUUUAUUUAUUUAUUAUUUUCUUUUUGUAUUUAUUUUGAAGCUUUAUUUGAAUGAUUCUUGAGAAUAAUGUUAAGCUUAAGCUUUAUUUCUAAUUAUGCCGAGCUUGGAUGGCCAUUCUUAUUUCUUCUUUCAGGCUGGCGAGCUUGGAUGUUGCAUCUGUAACUGAUAUUUGGUUGGCAAUUUAAACCUUUGAGUUUGCAA